AUGGACCCCCGAGACCAGACGUUCAUGACCAUCCACAACCUCACUCCCGAUGCCAACAUUCUCUUUGCUUCCGACUCGAUCCUCGAUAUUCUCGGCUACCAGCCCGAUGAAGUCAGGGGGAAGUCUGCAUUUGACUACUUCCAUCCCGACGAGAUACCUUUUGCACGUGCCAUCCACAGCAGAGGCAUUCUACUCGACAAGGCCGCCGUCCUCCACUAUGCUCGCAUCCUCUCCAAAGCCGGCCAAUGGGUGAGCUGCGAAUGCUGCUUUACCGUCGUACAUAAUGUGCUGGUUGCAUCGACGAGCAUAUACUUCAAGGGCGAGAAGAGCGAGAGGAGGGCGAGAGACGCACCUCACAUCCGGCGGAUAUUCUCAAGCUCGCCGCGAGAUCCCCGAUAUCAUAUGCUCGAGCACUUGUCGCCCAAGUUCAAGAUGCCUCCGAUGGAGCGAGAGCCUCGGGCUGCGUUGAUCCUCAACCGCUUCACCAGGAACCUGACCAUAAUGUAUGCAACCGAUGCUGUCGCACAGAUUCUGGGCCUAGGUCCGGACGAGCUCUUGGAACGGCCCUUCUACGAGUGCAUCCAGCCGAACUGCCUUGACGAAGCGGAGAGGUGUCUGGAGAGCGCCAAGGCCAACGAGUCCAUUGCAUAUCUGCGCUUCUGGUACAAGGACCCGCGGCUCGACCUAAACGAUCCCGUCAGCGAAGAGGAAGGGGAAGGGGAAGCGGAUGAGAUGGAGGACGAGGCAGAUGACAGGAGCAGCCUUAACGGGAGCGAAGUGGACGUCAAGGAUCCUAGCAUACGGGAUAAUCGCAUGGAUGUUGAUGACGAACUGGGGCCGCACUCACCCAAUUCGCCCGGGGACGAAGACGGCAGGGGUGACGAGGGGCAUCCUUCCAGCGGUGCUCAAGCAUCAAUAUCAGAUGCACCGCGGACAUUCGAGCUUGAGGCCGUCGUUUCGUGCACGUCAGAUGGGCUUGUUGUGGUCCUGCGGAGAGCGCGGCCCCCUAUCCCCGACCCACAACCGCUGGCCAUCCCAGCCGCGUUCAACUUCGAGAACGGUCUCUUCGCAGCGCCGUGGGGCCUCCAGCCGAUCGAACCCUAUAUUUCUCCCGAGCUAUUGUACACAUUUCGUCCGCCAUUUCUACCGCAGUACAUGCCGUUGCGGGAGUGCGUCAAAGCCGCAGGUGGGCCUCCUUUUGAUCAGUUGAUGCGAUCGAUACGGGACGUGGCUGUCUUUGCCUGGGCCGUAACCGGCAUCAACGGGACGCUCGCAAACUACGGCCAAGGCCGCCCCAGGAGGGGUGCCCAGCCGGUAGACGGACUCCCCGUCUGGAUGCCUGAUUCCCGCCCAACCACCUACCCGCCCCCGGACGAACACCCAGUGACCAGAGUCGAUAACGUCAAUGACAGGGCCAAGGAACCUUCUAGUGCCGGACUCGCCUUCGGUCACGGCGGCAGCUUCUACCCGUCUGAGAACCCAAUGCCCGGCUACCGUGCGCGACAUGCUUCCCUAGACGAAGGGAUGUACGACACUAGCGGCCGGCCGGCACCAUGGGUUCCUUCCACGUCAUCGGCGGCCGCCUCAUCAGCCUAUCCCUAUGGUGCGGGGUAUGAGCCGGGGGGAUACCGCAGCCGUCCGCCGCUCCGGCCGGCCUUCUCAUACGACGCGCUGCAAGAACACGCCCGGCAUCAGCAGCAGGCCUGUUAUGUACCAUCUGCGUCCGAGGCGGCAUCGAGACGGUGCAUCUUUAGGGAAGAGCCGUGGGCGGAGGCGUCGUCUUCGAGGACGUCUGUACCCGUCACCAACUAUGGGGGGAACGCUUCCGGCUCGAGAGGGUCGAGCGGGGGCGAGCCAUCGAAGGGGGUUGGGUCGAGGUAUUUCUGGCAGUGA